AUAUCUCUGAAUCAGAUUGAGAGAGAGAGCAAGAGGCCAAUAACAGUUCAGAGUUUCACUACAGAGAGAUCAUCGCACAGUGCCGCCAUGGCCUCUGCUGUUCUGUACACAUCACCAAAACCACCUCCACCGACUCUCCUCUUUCCCUCCGCACCAAUCAUUUCAACUCCAAGCUUCAGGUAUCACCGCCGCCACUGCAGUAGAAUUCCCAAAAUACCCUUGUCGUCCUCGUUCAGAAACGGAAGCAACAGCCCGGCGGAAACAGGGUGCCCUGUGCCGCCGGAGCAGCAGCCUAUAAACGAGUACCAGAAUCUGUCGACCUCCUUUCCCUUCUCCUGGGCCUCCGGCGACCUCAUAGAGUACUGCUCUCGACUGAUUGCAACUGGGUCUUCUUUUGCUUUGCUUGUUGGCCUCCCGGUUGCCUCGGUCGGUGCCUUGGGCGCCCAAUCGGAGCCGUUGAAGCAGUCUCUGUACGCAGUUUCAAGUGGAUUUCUUGUGGUCACUCUUGCCGUCGUGAGGAUGUACCUGGGUUGGGCUUAUGUGGGCAAUCGCUUGCUUAGCGCCACUGUUGAAUAUGAAGAGACUGGAUGGUACGAUGGCCAGAUGUGGGUGAAGACUGCCGAGGUUUUGGCUCGUGACCGGCUACUUGGUUCAUUUUCUGAGAAGAAAAUGACUGGAUGGUUGUUUUGCCUUGAUUUUGUUCAACAGGUUACGCCUGUGCUGGGCAGAUUGAAGGUCACACUGGUAUGCCUUGCGGCAGCCAUACUUUCAUGCGUUGUGCUCCUCAUUUCCAUUGAUGGAGGAGGCCAAACUGAAGAAGCUGGCAAUAGGGUUAUACAUGGAGUUUACAGUGACGAAUCUGCAAGAUCAUUCGAGCCUGACGCCUUCUGUGGCGAAGCUGGCCAUCCCUAAUUCUCAGCCAUUCAACAACUGCAACGCGAUAUCUAUAUGCUCUGUCCAUAGUUAGUGAUAAACAAGUCAAAAGGUAUAGGACAAGAAUUUGUAUGUGUUUUGCCUCUCUCUUGAUGAUUUGUAUUUAAAUUAGCAUAGCUUUUAUAUGUAAUAUAAUAAGAAUUAUCCUUCAAA